AUGUCGUCACUGCUUAAAGUACGUUGCAUUACCCCGUUGCCGCAAUGGUCGGUCAAGCUUUCUGCUGGUAACCAGAAAGCCAAACUUAUUCACACUUCCGCUGCAAACAGGGACUUUAUGUCCUGGUUCAAGAGGAAGAAGCAAGAAGAGCAUCAAGAGCCUGUCAAGGAUACCAAACAGUUGAUAAAGGAUAUUGAGGAGGGGAAUACGGAGGCCUCCUCUCAAUCCUCCUCCAAAAACAAGAAUAAAUUGGAACUAAUACCAGAAAAUUUUAUCGGUGAAGGGUCCAGACGGUAUAAAAGACAGAAGGAGUUGAAGCAUGCGGUCUCCACCGCCCCGUUUAAUCAAUGGAUAUCCAGGAAUAAGAUCACUUCGGAUAAUGAGUUAGAUGAUAUGAUAUUGCAGGUAACGCAAAAAACGUUGGGCAAAGUAGACCAGGAUGUCGAAUUCCCUGAUUUGGUAGCUAAGUUUCAGUUCACCAAGUUUUUGCAAUCGAAAUCCGGCUAUUUAAUUUCUGAUUAUGAACUGACCACUUUAAGCACACCCUCACAGUUUAAAAUGUAUAUCAAGGAAAAAAUUUUGCCAUCUGUCAACAAUCCUAAACUUGCUUUCAAAGAAGCUGAGCCAAAUGCUAUCCACCCACUUUCUGAUAACUAUACGUCCCCAAACAUUUAUGUUAUUAAUGACAUUACUCCUAAAGAGCAAAAAAGUAAAUAUGAUACUAUUAUGAAAGAAAUUCAAAAGUUGGAAGAUGAGGCAACAAAAAAAGCUUUGGAAACAGCAAGAUCCGCUUAG